CAUUUUCAUGUACAAAACCAUGGGCCCAAUACGAGUAGUCCUUAUCAGAGCAAAAGGAUAGCCCAAUAUCGGUUGUGUUUGAUUAAUUAAUGCCCCACCCACAGUCUCCAAUUUCCAGUUUUUUCUUCCAUCGUCUCCGACUCGGAUUACUCCAAAAGGGUCAACCGAUUGAAAAAAAUCUAAAACAAAAAGGCCCCAAUCUCCAGGCUUCAAGUGAUUGGUAAUUGAGCAGAAAAGCAACAGAGAAAUGGAGUGGCUGCAGUGGCAGGUGCCUGUUUGUGCGCUCAUAUUGAUCCUCCCCACGGCAAUCGCAAUCCGCCUCCUCCGAAAGAGGACCGGCGGCGGCGGUGGUAGGGCCGCGGUGGAACCAUCCGAUCUGUGGGCCACAUGCUGGAGGAGCCUCCAUCCCCGGUGGCUGCUGUUGUACCGUGCUUUUGCCUUCCUUUCCAUGGCCUUCUUGCUUUACCAGACUGUUGCUGCCUUCGGAUUCUUCGUUUUCUUCUUCUACACCCAGUGGACUUUCGCAUUGGUCAUGCUCUAUUUUGCACUUGCGACCAUUGUGUCCGUACGGAGAUGUGGUAAGAUUCAUGAGAUUGAACACACUCGCACUGGGGAGAAAGAUGGAUUUCUCAAGAAGAAUUUGGAAGAGAUGAACUAUGGAACAACUUCAGCUACCAGACCUAUUGACGAGCUUGGAUUUAUGGAAAAUCUUUUGCAAAUUGUAUAUCAGGUUAAGAUAUCCAAGCUUCUCUUACUUUAUUGUAAUGUUCAAGCUUCUAAGGUUUUGGCCUAGUUCUUUACUGCAAUGUUUAAACAUUGACACUGUCUUGCUAUCCAUAUAUCACAUAGGACUUAUGCCUUGGAAUGACAAUAUCCAAUGCGUGAAAAUUAACUAACUUCAGAUACAGGCUGCUCUAUUCUCCUUAACUUUGAGUCGCUCGUCAACUUUGAAAUGAAUAUAUAUUCACAUCACUUAACAUCGAAUUCUAUAAAAAAAAUCCCAUUUAUUCAUUUUUUGCCGAUGUUAAAUCUGUUAAAUCUAUACCAGAAAAAUGCAAGUGCAUGAUUUAUUCGAAAUCUGUUAAAUCUACACUGGCAAAUAUGUUUAAUCUUUUACUAAUUAUUUGGAAUAUUCUUGUUGAUGUAUUAUAUCAGUAUUGAACAGAUCUGUGCAGGGGCUGUCAUGCUUACAGAUAUUGUCUUUUGGUGUGUUCUGCUCCCAUUCAUGACGGGUGAAAAUUUUCAGCUCACCCUGUUGAUUGGAUGCAUGCACUCCGUAAAUGCGGUUUUUCUUAUCCUCGAGUCCGCUCUCAAUAAGUUGUAUUCCAAGCUAAUCAUAUUGAAUCUCCACAUUUUUCAGCCAUUCGACUGGUUUGGCCUUAUCUAUUUCAUACUGUGGAGCUGUGCUUACGUUGUUUUCCAGUGGCUUCUUCAUGCAUGCUGUCUUACAUGGUGGCCAUAUCCCUUUCUUGAUCUUUCAACUCCAUGGGCUCCUGUAUGGUAUUUGGCUCUGGCGUUGGUUCACAUACCGUGCUACGGGCUGUAUGUGUUGCUCACAAAAGCAAAACAUGCAGCUUUUUCGAGAUUGUUUCCUCAAACUUUUGUGAGGUCAAAUUAGCAAACUAUCAAUUCAGAGGAUGUGUAAUUCCAUUUCAAAUUUAAAUUCUUCAGCUGGAUUGUUACACAAUUAUAACAAAACUGGAAAAUGCAUAGCUAUUUAAGAUAGAAUUCUUAUGUCAAGACUAUGCUGCCACUAAUAGUGAAGAUUGAAAGUGCAACAGUCUUAUCUCUCUCACUUUGCAGGGUCCCAGCAGAAAAUAAACAAGAUUAAAAUUGUCUGCUUAAACUUGGAUUCUUGGAGCCUCUACCAGAAAUUUUGAGGAUCCAAUUAUAGUCAUGUGUACCUUGUAAUUCAAAUUUCAACCAUCUAUCUUAGCACAAUAUUUGUAUAAAUUCAUAGAAU